AUGGCCGACCUACACCGAGAUCGAGUCAAUCCGACUCCGGCUUUUUAUAACACUGGCGUGGAUUAUGCCGGACCCAUCAGCACGAAAGAUCGCAAAGGACGAGGCGAUAGGACUUACAAAUCAUACAUCUGCUUAUUCGUGUGUUUGACGACCAAAGCCAUCCAUUUAGAGUUGGUUUCCGAUCUCACAACCGAAGGUUUCAUACUCGCUCUGCGCAGAUUUGUGGCACGGCGAGGGAUGCCCAACAAAAUAUCAUCCGACAAUGGCACCAACCUUGUUGGAGCACACUCCGAAUUGUUACGACUCGGAGAAUUUCUCAUCAAAAACGAAGGUGAGUUAGCAAAUCAUUUAGCAUCCGAAAGGAUCAAUUGGAGUUUCAUACCUUCCUAUUCACCGCAUUUCGGAGGUAUUUGGGAGGUAGGCAUAAAAUCAACCAAGUAUCACCUGAAACGUGUCAUGGGAGACGCAUUGCUUACAUUCGAAGAGUUAUACAGCUUGCUGGUGCAAAUAGAGUCUGUUCUUAACUCACGUCCGCUAUCUCCUUUAUCAUCUCAUCCCGACGAUUUGCUGCCAUUAACUCCUGCACAUUUCCUCGUGGGGAAAUCUUUGACAGCCGUACCAUGCCCGAAUGUAACUGAUAUCAAGGAAUCCCGUUUGUCGCGAUAUCAAAGAAUACAGCAGAUUCAACAGAACUUCUGGAAACGAUGGUCGAAAGAAUUUAUUUCUGAAUUGCAAUGCCGCACCAAAUGGAGAGAAAACCAUGGAAAGCUCAAGAUCGGAGAUUGGGUGCUCAUAAAGGACGACAAUCUUCCUCCACUUCGUUGGCGUCUCGGUAGAGUCGUCGAACUACAUCCCGGAAUAGACUUAGUGACUCGAGCAGCUACUGUAAGGACUGCUAAGGGAUUGAGUCGACGUGUUACGUUAAAAUUGUGUCCAUUGCCAAUAGAAGCAACGCCACAAGAAGCUGAUCCUCAACAGUCUAAUAUCUAG